CUGAAAAACCACACUGCUCAUGCCUGUGAUGGGGACACCCUGUCUAUCAAGUGUCCCUCCAGAACCUCUGUAUCCGUCCUGUCAGCGUUCUACGGACACCAUGUCCCAAGCAAGAACUUGUGUCCCCUUCAAACACAAACAUGACCGAGGACAGCACUGAAUGCGCUUUCUCUGUUGCUACCCAGGUAAAGUACAGCACUAUACCAUUAUUUAUGAAAGCAAAACAGGAUCAGUUAUCAGCAGUUGGCUCCACAAGUUGACAAGUCUUUGAAAAUGUUGCUCUUCACCUAAAUAAUAUGAAUCACAUACUGUCAGGAAUAACUCCAACAGUGAUUUAAUAAAUUGUGGGUUCGAACCUGGUUAUCUGGUAUGCCUCAAGACUGUGUUAGUCUGUUCUGGGAGCUAAUGAAAGUCCUUAGGUCUCAGGCAAGGUUACUCCUGAGACCUAAUGACUUGAAUGUAAAUGCUCAUAUUUUUCUCUCACUCAGAUAUUGUUGUCUUGUCCCUGCAGAAAGUAGAAUGACAUUUGUCUGUUUCUAUUUAACUGUAUAGAAUACAAUAUUAUUAUCAAAUUGUAUUGAAAUAUAUUAUACAGUCACUUUGUCAGUGAUGAUACUGCUGUUUUAAUCUUUCAGAGCACCACCAUACUAGGUUGGUGUGUGAAAACUAGACACGGGCUGGUGUGUAAGAAUGACACUGUCCUGGCUAUCUACUCGGCUACAUUUGGCCACCUGCUGCAUGGGAGUCCCAACUGUCCUCAGGAAUCUGCGCCACAGCCUGACAUGGUCUGAAACCAUAGUCAUUGGUCAGAAACAGGGAACUAGUGCCAUCUAGUGGUCAAAUACUAGGAUUAAAAUAAUGUGCAUUUAUCAACACAUAAUGAAAAGUGUGUUACUAAUAUGUCGCUUACUACGAGCAACACACGAGUAGGCAUGAAGUAUAUGGAUAUACCCUCGACCUAUGCAUGUUUUAAACCUUUACAACCUACUGUAUAUCAGAGUCAGACCAGGGUCAAAUACCUAUCUCAAAUAUUUUUGCUUGAUUAAGCUUGGAGUUUGUACUUUUGGGACUACUCCAUUGGCUCCUUUGUACCUGACUAAAUCAAGCACAGCUCAAGCAUUUGAACGUAUUUAACAUAUUUGACCCACGUCUGAUAUGAGUAUACAUCUAUCCUUCAGAGUGUCUGUCACCAUCUUUCCUGAGGAAGGUGUCAUGCAGGUGUCACGGCCGAGCCAACUGCUCAGUGCUGGCGGACACUCAAAGCUUUGGGGACCCAUGUUUCCCUGGCACCAGGAAGCACCUAAGAGUGUCCUUCACAUGCAGUGAGUGACCGGAGGUCUUUUGGGGUGCUGCUAUAGGCCACCAAGUGCUAACAGUCAGUAUUUGGAUAAUAUGUGUGCAAUGCUUGUUAGUGUGUGCGAUGUUACCAGAGAGGUCUAUUUUCUAGGUCACCUCAACAUUGACUGCUUAGCAACUAGUUGCCCUCUCAAGAGGAAGCUUCUAACGGUGACUAAUGCCUGUAAUAUGACCCAGGUUAUCACUCAACCAACUAGAGUGCACACCUAUAGUGUGCUUGUAUUGAUCAUAUCUUCACUAAUGCUGCAGAGCUUUGCUCCAAAGCAAUAUCAGUUCCCAUUAGCUGUAGUGAUCAUAACAUUGUGGCCAUAACAUUGUGGCAAUAACAAGGAAAGCCAAAGGUUGGGCCUAAAGUAUUUUAUAAGAGAUCAUACCAAACAAAUUCUCAGGACUCUUUUGGUGAAGAUGUAACAAAUGUAUGCUGGUCUGAUGUGUAUGAGGAAGUGAAUUCAGAUGCAUCACUUGAAAUAUUUGUAAAAUGAUUCAUGCCAAUUGUUGACAAGCGUGCACCUGUUAAGAAAUUAACUGUGAGAACUGUUAGAGCCCUCUGAGUUGAUGAUGAAUUGAAUUUUAUGGUUCAAUUAAAUUAUGCAAAAGAGGUGGCAAACAAGUCAGGCUGCUCAGCUGAUUGGUUGACAUAAUGUACAUUGAGAAAUGUUGUGAUUAAACUUAACAAAAAUAAGAAAAAACGACCCUACCAAACCAAGAUAAAUUACAUAAAGCACAAUGGAAAAGGCUUUGGGGUACCUUAAAUGAUAUCAUGGGUAGAAAACCCAAUUGAUCUCCAUCAUUCAUUGAAGUUGAUGGGUAAUUUAUAACAAAACCUUUUGAUAUUGCCAAUCAUUUCAAUGACUAUUUCACUAGUAAAGUGGAAAAACUAAGAAGUGAAAUGACAACUUUGAACAGUGAACCAUCAUAUUUUUGUAUAAAAUAUCUAAUAUUUAAGGAGAAGGAUUGCUGUUUUGAAUUUCGUCAAGUUAGUGUAGGAGAGGUGGAAAAACUAUUGUUAUCCAUCAAUAAUGAUAAGCCACCAGGUAUAGACAACAUUGAUGGGAAACUAUUGAGAAUGGUAGCAGACUGUAUUGCCACUCCUAUUUGCUAUAUCUUUAACCAAAGCCUAAAGGAGUGUGUGUGUCCACAGGUGUGGAAGGGCACUAAAUUAAAUCCACUGCCUAAAAAUAGUAAAGAUGAUGCCGUAGCAUCAUCCAAGUGGGUGCUGCAUUUUGAUAGUAGUGAAGAGUAGCUAGCUAGCUAGUCCAGUGGCUAGUACGGAACUCUAACCUCAUCUGACUGAGUCCUACUACAAAGCCACAGACGGCGUGGAUGGCGAGACACCGUGAUGACAACGUGCUGCCUGCUGCUCCCGGCUCUCCCUUUGACCACCUCCUCCCUCCGCUGACCUCACUCAAGCCAUUAACUUUCUCAACCUUCAGUCUCUUGACCGUCGAUCAACUCAUGAUGAUUAAUUAUGUUUUUAAAUUGCUCGUUUUUUUGUUGUUGUUGCUUUACAGCACUUUGAGAUUUGUUUAUGUAAUGAAUAGCACUAAAUAAGUUCAAUAAAUUAUUACAAUUAUUAAAGCACCCUUUGCUGUCUCUAACAGCCGCCCAAUCAGUUUGCUGCUGUCACGCCCUGACUUAUGGGACUCUUGUAUGUUGAGUCAGGGUGUGGAUAUCUAUGUUAGUAUUUCUAUGUUGCAUUCUAGGUUGUGUAUUUCUAUGUUUGGCCGGGUGUGAUUCCCAAUCAGAGGCAGCUGUCGCUCGUUGUCUCUGAUUGGGGAUCAUACUUAAGUAGCCUGUUGGCACUCAUUAGUUGUGGGAUCUUGUUCCGUGUAUUGUAUUGUAUUGUAUUGUAUUGUAUUGUAUUGUAUUGUAUUGUAUUGUAUUGUAUUGUAUUGUAUUGUAUUGUAUUGUAUUGUAUUGUAUUGUAUUGUAUUGUAUUGUAUUGUAUUGUAUUGUAUUGUAUUGUAUUGUAUUGUAUUGUAUUGUAUUUAGCCUGAGGAUGGCACGUUACGAUGUUUUGUUUUGUUCGUGUGUUUAUUUUGGAUAAUAAACAUGUAUGCAUUUCACGCUGCGCCUUGGUCUGACCUGUCCUUCAACGAACGUGACAGCUGCCUGCUCUUCGUAAACUGAUGGAGAGAAUUGUGUUUGACCAAGUACAAUGCUAUUUUUCAGAGAACAAGUUAACUACUGACUUUUAGCAUGCAUAUAGAGAAGGGCACUCAACUUGUACUGCACUGACUCAGAUGACUGAUGAUUGGUUAAAAUAAAUGGAUAGUAAGAUUAUAGUUGGAGCUGUAUUGUUAGAUUUUAGUGCAGCCUUUGAUGUUAUUGAUCAUAAAUUGUUGUGUAUAAAGGGUGUGACCAUUGAGCAAGUUGAGGAAGCUAAACUCCUAGGUAUAACAUUGGAUGAUCAAUUAUCAUGGUCAAGUCAUAUUGACAAAGUUGUUGUGAAGAUGGGGAGGGGUAUGUCUGUUAUAAAAAUAUGUUCUGUGUUUUUAACAUAAAGAUCUACUAGUUGUUCAGGCUCUGAUCUUGUCCCAUCUUGAUUACUGUCCAGUAAUAUGGUCAAGUGCAGCAAAGAAAGACCUAGCAAAGCUGCAGCUGGCUCAAUAUAGAGCAGCACGCCUUGCCCUUAACUGCACAUACAGAACUAACAUCAACAACAUGCAUGCCAGUCUUUCCUGGUUGAGGGUUGACCAGAGAUGAAUUGCUUCUCCUAGUUUUUAUGAGAAAUAUUUCUGUAAUGAAAAUUCCAGAUUGUCUGCAUAAUCUAAAACAUUAAGCUCAGACACACAUACAUACCCCAUGCCACCAGGGGUCUCUUCACAGUUGUCACGAUCGUUUACGGACGAGAAGGACCAAGGCGCAGCGUGAUAAGCGUACAUGUUUAUUAAAGUACUGAACACACGACAAAACAACAAACAAACGAUACGUGAAGUCUUAAGGUUAACACAACAAACCUAUACGGAACAAGAUCCCACAACUAACUGGUGCCAACAGGCUGCCUAAGUAUGGUCCCCAAUCAGAGACAACGAGCUACAGCUGCCUCUGAUUGGGAACCACCCUGGCCAACAGAUCAAAACGAUCUAGAAGCUAAACAUAGAAAAACAUAACAUAUAAACUACACACCUGGCUCAACAUUUAAGAGUCCCCAGAGCCAGGGCGUGACAACAGUCCCCAAGUCCAAAACGAAUUCACGGCAAAGCACAGUAUUAUACAGAGCCAUGAUAGCAUGGAACUCCCUUCCAGUGGGGAUUUUUUGGGAUGCAUGCCAGCAAAGCCACUGCACAACACUAAACAAUACAUUAAUUGCACUAUAAUGGUGACAAAUGGUGCCCACAAACUGUUAGGGCCUACAUAAAGCUGUCCCAACAACAGAGCUGUCUUUUCAGCACCAUGGAGUGAAUCCUUACCACUGCUACACCUGGCUAUCAGCGGAGCCUUGUCUGGCAAUGAAACAGUUAAUUCAGCCUCAUUUACUGCCUUUAAAAAAACAAAGCUGAAAUGGCUGACUUGCUUAAACAAAUGUGGUUUCUACUGACAAUGGAGAUGUACAAACUAUGGCAUAAGGGGACAACUAGCGGAUAAGAGGCAAUCUGUAAUUUUGAUUAAGACAUUAAUGAGCGAGCUAGGACGGACAUAGUCAAUAUAACUAUUUGUUCAGCACUUUUGAAAUCUACAGCGACAGAAUUCAGAACAUGGGCUGUUCUUACAGUAUUCUCCCUGUACACCAAGUCAGAACUGUAGGAUAAAUAAAGUGGGCAUAUAAGCAAACAAUGAAAGCUCUUACAAUAUUCAAUGAUUACAUUUCUCUAAAACAGGCCAUAGGCUACAUGUGCACCACCAAGUAUGAACAGUAGGCUAAGUUAGGAGGGGGAAAGGGACCAAAUUAUUAGGGUGAGGCACAUGGGCUACUAACAGCUUAUUACACAACAUACACUUAGUAUUACCUUCUUAGCUACAGUAUACUUAUCUCCCUGGCAUAUUACAUAAUUUAUGCAGCUGCAUACAAUACAUUUUUGGACUCACCUUGUUGUGCUGCGCUCAAUUGAACAAGAAGGUGGCGCGGCGGUCCUUCGUGGACAAAUUUUGUCAUUGAACUUUGUCAUCAAAGUCUGGCAUUCUCUGGAUAUAUGGCACUUUCAAGACAACUGGGAACUCCGAAGGUUGAAUCAUGACGUCAGUGAUCUUCAGGUCGGAGCUCUAGAACGAGGCCCGAUGUUCCGAGUUGGAUGACCUAUCAAAACGUAUUUUCCCAGUCGGAUCUCGUUUUUUUCAGAGUUCCCAGUUGUCUUGAACUCACUGAAGUCUGAGAUUUCCCAGUUCCAAGUUUCCAGUUGUUUUGAACAUGGCAGAAGUCAUGCUGGAUUUUCUGGCCCAUCUUGUUAAAUGUUUAUCCUUUUAAGCUUGGAAAAGAGACCUUUAAACCCGGAAUUGGACCACACACCCACUCCACUGAAUAGCAGGGUAGUGAUUGCUUUGCAAUGCUUACAGUUAGGCACUGAUUCCUUCCAAACCACUCAUUGUUGAAUUUGCGAUUGUGUAAUGUUUAUGUCCAAUGGCCAAUGAGCGCCGAUACUUUUUAUCUAUAAUUUCUCUUCAUAAUUUAUCUUUAUAUGACAAGGAUUGAAAAUAAUUUGCCAGUAGAUUGUCUUAUCUGUGGCCAAUGACCUUGAGCCUUCAUGGAUGGGCACUUCUAAUGUAACUUUAUGGCAGCACCUAAGGGGCUUGAAUUCUCAAGCUCUACCAGUAGAUUUUGCGGUGACGUAGUGUCUCCAUGAGUGACAGAACACUGAGGCAAUCACGCCGCAACUAGAGAACAUUACCAGCCCCUACGCUCCAUAUUUUCCGCUGGCUGCAUUUUGGAGCUGCCUUACUCAAGAAAGCAAAAAAGAGACCAUGUUAGUAUGAGGCUUUAUUCAUUCAAUGAUUUUCUUUUUACAUUGUUUGCAAACUGAUAUGUGACACGUAUUAAUGCCAAAAUAACAUGCAAAACAGACAACAACAACAACAAAACAAACAGGUGGGUGUCACGGUUUCGGCCGAGGCUGCUCCUCCUCCUUGUUCGGGCAGGCUUCGGCGGUCGUCGUCUCCGGAGUACUAGCUGCCACCGUUCUUUGUUUUCUAUGUUUGAUUGGUUUGGUCUGUUUAGUACACCUGUUCAUGUUUAGUGUUGAUUAUGUGUCCUAUAAGUUCUCGUGGUUUCUGUCUUGUGUUGUGUGUAAUUGUUUUCCUGUCGCUUGGUGCAGUGCUGUUUGCUAGACUCUCUUUGUUUUACCGUCGCACUAUUGUUCGUGCGCAGUUCGGUUUGGGAGUACUUUACGCACUGUGGCGUAUGUUUCGCCUCCGGGUUGUUUGACCCGUGUUAUCAUUUUGGAUUUUCUAGUAAAGUCUGGAUUAACUGAGCUCCUGUGUCCUACUAUUGAUUCGCACCACAUCCGCAUCAGAGUUCGUGACAGUGGGGCUCAAUGAAUGACGGGUCGCCACUGCUCCCGUCCAUCUCCAAUUACUCAAGCAAACAGCAAAAUUACCUUUUUAAAAAAAAGAACAUCUCAUGGAAUGGCGGGGACUGUGAGGGACACACUUUAACACACAAACAUACGCACACACAGACACACUCUAACACACACAUUAUAUUUUAGUUGUAUUCUUUUUAUUAUUUUAGUUGUAGUGUUUGUAUAUCGUUGUAUUUUAAAUGUGUGUGACUGUCCUUGUCUAUCAGUGUAUCAGUGUUUUGAUACUUGUCAAGUUUUAGGUUUUGUGUGGACCCCAGGAAGAAUGCUGCUUCAACAUAAGCUAAUGGGGAUCCAAAUAAACCAAUGAACAGGGCCACUACCAUGUGAGACACACAGCAUGAUGUCUAUAACCCACAGUACAAUCAAUGAAUCCAUUAGCCAUCCUUGAGCUGUGAUGAGAUUUUGAGUUCUGAAGAAAGAGUUGUUCAUAUCAUCUUGCCUUCUGUUUUCGUGGUCUCACCAGAUUCCCGAGACACUUUUUCAGUAGCAAUUGAUCAGAAUUUAUGCUCUUUUGCCUCACCAGUUAACCAAUAUCUCUUGGAAGAUUUGGAACGGAGUGGAUCAACAUCAGACCCUUUCUUGAUCUCAGACUUCACACAUGGUAAGACAACUACAGAUCAAUAAAUCCAAGUAAAUGUAGCUUUAGCUCAACUAUUAGCCGUGUUAUUAGAUCAGUGGACAAUAUGAUUUGCAGCCGUUGGGCAGAAGGCACAGUAAGUCCCCUCUCAUCUUCAGGACGCUGGUACACUGGCCCCGGCAUCAUCACGCCUCAAAACGUGCUUUAUACCAACUCUCUGGAAAUGGUUGACAAAAUACUGGGUAUGUCUAUUGUUUGCUGUGUGCAUGUAGGCUGGUUACUCAUAAGCAGAGCUUUUUGUACUGUAUAUAGUAUGCCUUGUCUUACUUUAAUGAUCAGCAGGCACCAAUCGUUAGCCAGGUCCCAGAUCUGUUUGUUCUGUAUAGCUGUAGGAGUUGGCAAGACAGCACAAACAGAUCUGGAACCAGGCCAACCAAAUGUAACCCUCUUGAUUGUAUAGCUUUGUCUUCUCUCUAUUCCACAUUGAACAAUAUCAUGCUAGUUCUUCUAUCUAUUCCUCAUUGAACAAAAUCAUGCUAGUUCUUCUAUCUUUUCCUCAUUUAACAAUAUCAUGCUAGUUCUUCUAUCUAUUCCUCAUUUAACAAUAUCAUGCUAGUUUCACCUUAGACUAGUGUAUAAUCCCUCCACCCACAGGUCUUCCAGAGAGAGUGGCCCUCUACUUUGUCUCAGGGAUCUGCGCCGGUCUAGUCUUCCUGCUCUGUCUGUUCGGCCUGCGCUCCACCGUGGUGAGGGAUGUCAACGACUUGGUGACAGAGUUGGGGGACAAGCUCAAGACCAGCCACAGUCGCCGCCGGGAAGUCAUGGAGGACCAGUAUGACGACGACACCUCUGAUGCCUCCUCCUUCUGCCGCCUCACCCAUUCCUACCGUGCGGCGGGGAUCUUUAGUCCAGUGACAUGAUGGUGGAGAUGGUGGAGAGGGAGGGGGAGGAGGAGAUGCCCAAGUUCGGAGACAUCUGGCCCCACAGGGACUUCAGCCCAUACACCAUCCAUAAAAUAAUAGGGAAUAGAAUAGAAUAUACA